AUGCUACCCGACGCGAUCGUCACAGGUUUACGAUAUUGGUCACGGUAUAUCAGUCGAUUCGGCAUCGCACAUGGCUUGCUUCUUGCCAUCGCUAGGGGUGGCGAGGACGGCAGAAAGCGCGAAGGUCGUGACUGGGAGAAGGCUGGCGAGACGAUGGCGGUCGCGCUUCUAGCAGGAGUAAAUGCAACGCGGCUACCUCCAGAGCUAUGCGACUGUAUCAUCGACUAUCUCUGGGACGACACUCCAUCGCUCGCCGCCUGUGCUCUGACCUGUCGUGCGUUCCUUCCACGAACGCGUACACAUACGCUCUCCAGCAUCACUCUUGUGAACACAGCCGGUUUUACACGCUUCGAGAGGCUGCUCAAACGGGACAGCCAUAUCGCGGUGUAUGUCCGCCGUCUGGCCAUCGUCAAGACGUCUGGAAACCAUGCCACACGUCCGAGUCGUGUCGAUCGCGAAUGGCCUUUACUCCUGCGGACGUUACCCAGGGUCGAGGAUCUGACUCUGGAAAGAUGGAUGCCUGGUGAGAUGAGGGACAACGUAGCGCAGAGACUCUACUUGCACCUUUCCAGGUCCGCGAUUAGAACGCUGCGGCUGGUCGAUAUCCAUCACUGGAAAGGAACGGACCUCCCGCGCCUUCUGUGCGCGUGUCUCCGGCUCAGAGAGUUGCACCUAAAUGAGGUGCGCUGGGAGAGCUGCCCCGACAAGGAGAUGUUCUCGCGUUCGUUCGACAUGAUGCCCCCAGCGCUGGCUGACAUCGUUCCCGAGACCACGAUUGAGAUAGACCGGAUGGAGAUGUGCGAGGGUCAUCCAUGUGUCGUAGCUUGGCUCUUACAUGGGCCGUUCAACAUCCGGCUUCGUCAGCUUCGACUAGGUUUUUGGUUCUACUUGGGGGUACGCAUGGGAGAUAAGCACAAACUCCUUGAAACGGCCGGCGCGUCGCUGCAGUCUCUCGUUCUCUCGUUCAAGAACCUAAGGAGAUCCUCUCUGCGCGACCCAAACUUCGAAAAACAUUUUGCUCUCAGCAACAAUUGCUACCUGACUUCGCUGCACCUUCACUUAGCUUUUGACUCGUGGGUCGCCUCUGACUCCAUUGAGUGCGCGCUAGGUUGUGUAAACCUGAUCGUACGCAAGAUCUCGCCUACACAUCAAUCUCUGCAAGAGCUACGGAUCAGUAUACAAAUGUAUGGUGCCAGUGACGACGGAUAUGCCCUGGGGGAGAGCGAUGUGUGGAAAUACAUGGAUGAAGCUCUAGCCUUAUUUGCCAGGGGGCGAUCGCCAUUGAAGGUCGCAUUGGAUAUCUGCGACGAAUAUCACCAGGAGCCGGACAAUGCGGACUGCGGCAGCCUUGGCAAGCGAACGGCCGAACGUGUAGUGGGAUAUCUACCGAAGUUGUGCGCCGAACGACUUUGUCUGUGCGUCUCCUGGGGCCGGCGAUGGAGCCCCGAUGCGGAGUUUGGAGGACGGCUCGUUGGCGAAAGACUUGAGCGUAUCCUGGAUCUUCCGUAUGACACUCAGCAAGUAUGA